AUCAAAUUUUGAACAUAAAAAAUAACCAAAAUCCAAACAUACAAAGCCAAAAACAUUGUUGUCUUCUUGAAACUAAUGUCCAACAUUUCUAUCUAAACACAAAUCUCCAACAACAUCAAUCAUCAAACACUUUGAUGAUCAAUGGCUGAUUCCUCCUUUGAGAUAGACAACAGGCAAAACAGGCACACUACAACACCAACUAGCUUAUACCAUGCUUCACCUUCAACAACACACUUCAGCUUCACUGACACUUCCCACAGCUUCAUUUCUCGCCGCCCUCGCAGCGGUCCUCCACCGCCCACCACGCCUUUCGCCACCGACGACGAUAGGUCAUGGCAGGGUGAGCUUUCUUGGCAGUUUCAGCCUACCGGGUGGCAAGAUAAUCGAAACUUAGGUGCUGUGUUUAGUCCAUGGACACCUAGUGCACCAUCUUCGAACUUUCGAGUUUUUAAAAGAUCAGCUAAUGAUUAUUAUCAUGGCGGAUUUAGAAGCUAUGUGAAUCCACAGUAUGACACUAGCUAUAGCGCAGUUCCUUCUUCUGGUAGGCUUGAGCUUCAAAGCCAUGUUGCUAGAUAUAAUAAUCAUGAUCAAAGUUUAGUAGUUCAUGUCAAGAACCAUAGUAAUAAUAAUAGAAAUAACAAUUCAAGAUUUGAUGAUCAUAAAAACAAGAAACCAAUCAGAAAUUUCGAUCGUUCGGUUACAUUGAAUGAGUUUAAUGUUGUUGGUAGAGAGACUGAUCAAUCAAAUGUUGAUAUUGAGCAUAAUGAUAUUACUCAAGCUAGUCAUAGCAUGUCACAUGGAGGUAACAGUCAUCAUUAUUAUAAUUUUAAGCAUGAUGUUCAUCAAUCAACUGGCUUUCAAUCACAUGGUGGUGAUUCUGACCAUGGAUAUUCAAAGUAUCGCGAUGACAGGGACAAUGAUGAGUAUGAUGAUGAGGAAGAGGAGGAAGAACCUCCCAGACAAGUUGGAUUAUUUGGUAUGUUCAAGUAUUCAACAAAAUGGGACAUUGUACUUGUGUUUUUGGGUUGCUUAGGAGCUCUCAUUAAUGGAGGAGCUCUUCCAUGGUACUCUUUUCUUUUUGGAAAUUUUGUUAACAAGAUUGCUAAAGAUGAUAAAUCCCAGAUGAUGAAAGAUGUAGAGAAGAUUUGUCUGGAAAUGACUCUGCUGACAGCAAUAGUUGUGGUUGGAGCAUUUUUAGAAAUUACUUGUUGGAGAUUGGUGGGGGAACGAUCCGCUCAUCGAAUACGAACACUAUACUUAAAGGCAGUUUUAAGGCAAGAUAUCAGCUUUUAUGACACUGAAGUCAGUACUGGUGAUGUUAUGCAUGGAAUAUCAAACGAUGUUGCUCAAAUCCAAGAAGUUAUGGGAGAAAAGAUGGCACAUUUUGUUCAUCAAGUAUUUACCUUCAUGUGUGGAUAUAUUGUUGGGUUCUUGAGGUCAUGGAAGGUCUCACUAGUAGUUUUCUCAGUCACUCCAUUGAUGAUGGCUUGUGGUAUGGCUUAUAAGGCCAUUUAUGUUGGUUUAGCUACAAAAGAAGAGGCUUCAUACAGGAAAGCUGGUGGUGUUGCUGAGCAAGCUAUAAAUUCGAUUCGAACUGUAUUUUCUUUUGUAGCCGAGGAGAAUUUGGCUGCGAAAUAUGCUGAUUUGUUGCUGAGAUCAGUGCCUAUUGGUGCUAAGAUUGGAUUUGCUAAGGGUGCAGGAAUGGGAGUUAUAUACUUGGUUACUUAUGCAACAUGGGCAUUAGCCUUUUGGUAUGGUUCUAUCUUAGUUGCGAAAGGUGAGAUCACCGGAGGGGACGCCAUUGCUUGUUUCUUUGGUGUCAAUGUAGGCGGAAGGGGAUUGGCAUUGUCAUUGACAUAUUUUGCGCAAUUCGCGCAAGGAACUGUAGCAGCAAGCAGGGUGUAUGAUAUAAUUGACAGAAUUCCUGAUAUAGAUCCUUACAGUUCCCAAGGGAGGAAACUGUCAAAUGUUCGCGGAAGAAUUGAAUUUAAAAGUGUAACGUUUUCCUAUCCAUCUCGUCCUGAUACUCUAAUUCUUCGUUCUCUCAAUCUAGUUAUUCCAUCUUCAAAGACUCUUGCAUUGGUUGGUAUCAGUGGAGGAGGCAAAUCGACCAUUUUCGCUCUAAUAGAGAGAUUCUAUGACCCGAUCAAUGGAGUGAUUACCUUAGAUGGUCAUGACUUGAAGACACUGCAAGUGAAGUGGCUCAGAGAUCAAAUAGGUAUGGUUGGGCAAGAGCCAGUUCUUUUUGCUACUAGCAUACUAGAAAAUGUGAUGAUGGGAAAAGAAAAUGCAACCAAAAAAGAGGCAACUAAUGCCUGCAUUGCUGCCAAUGCUCACAGCUUUAUCACUGCCCUUCCAUACGGCUACGAUACUCAGGUCGGAGAUAGAGGUACGCAGCUUUCCGGUGGGCAAAAACAGAGAAUCGCGCUGGCUAGAGCGAUGAUUAAAGACCCUCAAAUACUUCUGUUAGAUGAGCCAACCAGUGCGUUGGACGCGGAAUCUGAGUCUAUUGUGCAGAAAGCCAUUGAUAAAAUCUCUACAGGCAGGACAACCAUUGUCAUUGCUCACAGGCUUGCAACAGUAAGAAAUGCCAACACCAUUGUUGUACUUGAUCAAGGUUCUGUCAUAGAAAUCGGUAACCAUCGACAGCUAAUGGAGAAGGCGGGAGCUUACUAUGACCUUGUCAAGCUUGCCUCUGAAGCAGUGUCUAGACCAACAGGAAAUGAAAUGGAUAGCAAUGAAGAGACAGCAUUUUCCAUGUAUGGAAAAUCAGUUCAUGAUCCAAGAUCAAAGAAUGUAGAGGAGACAUCAAGAUCGAGAUACACAAAAUCUACGUACAUAGAGAACGAAUCAGACGAGGAUAUUGAAGAAAAACAAAAGCCAAGAAAGUAUCAACUAUCAGAAAUAUGGAAGCUCCAAAGACCCGAAGUUAUGCUGCUUCUGUUAGGCUUAGUUUUUGGUGCGCUUGCUGGUUCAAUUCUCUCGGUCUUUCCAUACCUUCUAGGACUAGCUCUUCAAAUCUACUUCGACGACGAGGAUCCUUCAAAACUGAAGAGAGACGUUGGACGCAUUGCUUUAAUACUUGUCGGUCUUGGAGCAGGCUGCAUACUUACAAUGACAGGCCAGCAAGGUUUAUGUGGAUGGGCAGGAACUAAACUAACAACAAGAGUACGAAACCUCUUAUUUCGUUCGAUCCUGAAACAAGAACCAGGUUGGUUUGAUUUUGACGAAAAUUCGACAGGAGUACUUGUUUCAAGGCUAUCAGCUGACUGUAUUUGUUGCAGAUCAGUUCUGGGUGACAGAUUUUCCGUGUUGUUUAUGGGUGUGAGUUCAGCUGCUGUUGGUCUCGGAAUUUCAUUUUUCUUAGAAUGGAGAUUAACCCUUUUAGCUGCUGCUCUAACUCCAUUCACUCUCGGUGCAAGUUACCUGAGUUUGAUUAUAAAUGUUGGACCAAAGCUAGAUAAUAACGCUUAUGCCAAAGCCAGCAACAUUGCAGCUGGUGCUGUUUCAAAUAUAAGAACAGUAGCAACAUUUUCUGCACAGCAACAGAUCGUUACGUCCUUCGAACGAGCUUUAGAUGAGCCGAAAAAGAAAUCAGUGACAAGAUCACAGCUUUUAGGGUUAACACUUGGUGUUUCUCAAGGAGCAAUGUAUGGUGCAUAUACCUUAACCCUAUGGUUUGGUGCUUACCUUGUAACACAAGAUAAAACCACUUUUGGUAAGGUAUACAAGAUUUUCCUCAUUCUGGUGCUAAGUUCAUUUUCUGUUGGACAACUGGCUGGGUUAGCACCAGAUACCACCAUGGCCAGGACAGCAAUCCCCGCGAUUUUCGACAUCAUUUCUCGGAAGCCAUUGAUUGGCAGCGACGACAAAAAAGGCCGAAAGAUCGAUAGAUCAAAAUCAUUAUUGGAUAUUGAGUUCAGGAAGGUAACAUUUGCAUAUCCAUCUAGACCUGAAAUCAUUGUGCUGAGAAAUUUCUCUCUGAAGGUUAAAGGCGGCAGCAUGGUGGCGAUUGUCGGUUCGAGUGGUUCAGGAAAAUCAACUGUGAUUUGGUUGAUACAGAGAUUUUAUGAUCCUAACCAAGGGAAGGUGACACUAGGAGGUGUGGAUUUGAGGGAUCUUGAUGUGAAGGGAUUAAGGAGACAAAUAGCAUUAGUGGGUCAAGAGCCUGCUCUAUUUGCUGGAACCAUAAGAGAAAAUAUUGCAUUUGGAAAUCCUCAAGCUUCAUGGACUGAGAUUGAAGAGGCUUCAAUGGAAGCCUACAUUCACAAGUUCAUAAGCAGCCUUCCUCAAGGCUAUGAAACUCAGGUUGGUGAGAGUGGAGUUCAACUAUCAGGGGGGCAAAAACAGAGAAUAGCAAUAGCAAGGGCAAUACUAAAGAAAUCAAGAGUACUACUAUUAGAUGAAGCAAGCAGUGCAUUAGACUUGGAAUCAGAAAAACAUGUGAAAGAAGCACUAAGAAAUGUGUCAAAGCAAUCAACAACAGUUGUAGUAGCACACAGAUUGUCUACCAUAAGAGAAGCUGACAUGAUUGCUGUAGUAAAAGAUGGUUCAGUUGUUGAGUUUGGUAGUCAUAAUGCUCUCUUGAAUUCAUGUCUUAAUGGUGUUUAUGCUGGUUUGGUUAGAGCUGAAACUGAGGCCACUGCUUUUGCCUGAGGAUUCAUGCUCAUUCUUGUGUUGGAUUAUUUUAUGUUAUGAUUAAUGUUUUUGAAGAAUUA